AUGGGCUGCAUCUCCUCAAAAAUGGCCAGAGAAGAUCUCCGGAAGGAGAGGGAACUAGGGGUCAGCGGCGAUGGGGGCGGCGUCUUGCCCAACCACAUAGUCUCUCUUACCUCCAGCACCUACGGAGUUUUGAAGCUCGACCGCGAGAACGCCGGAGAAGGGGCGGCCAUGGAGGAGCGCAGGAUGCCUCCGCCCCUCUUCGUCACAGGAGGUCAGAAGAAGGCCACGGCGGAAGAGCCGGAGAUCAUCAAUGCCUGGGAACUCAUGGAAGACCUCGACGACGAGAUCCCGAUGUGCCCGCCGGCGAAGAAGAUGCCGGCGAAGACGAAGCCACUCGACGGCGCCGUCACAUCCCCGAGGAAGCAGAGGGCAGCCGGCAAGGAGAACCUCUGCAAGCCGGAGCGACUGGAUCUCGACCCUUCCCGUGUCCUGAAGCCCAUCAGUUCCCCGGGCAGUGGACAGAGGGAGACCCCCAAGUCGAUCAAGUCUACUUCCCGCAAUUUGAAGAUCCAAUCCUCCGGCAGAGAUUCUGGGGCGAGGAGGAGCUUCAGCCGCAGCCCGCUGUUCGAUCCGGAACUCGUCGCCUUCUUCGAGAAGGACCACUGCGAGGAAGGGGCGCAGAUCAAGAAGAUGAUCUCGGGAACUCCCCGGAAGCAGAAGCGAGGAGACGCCGCCGCUCCAUACCCGUGGGAAAAAUUCGAGAAGAAGUGCCCCCCGGGCGGGGAGGAGUCGGUGGUUCUGUACACGACGACCUUGAGGGGGAUCAGAAGGACCUUCGAGGACUGCAACGACGUGAGGGCUACAGUCGAGUCCCAUGGGGUGCAGAUUGUGGAGAGGGACAUCUCGAUGGACUCGGGAUUCAGGGAGGAGCUCAGGUUGCUGAUGGGGAAGAGGGAGGUGAGGGUGCCCCUGCUCUUCGUGAAGGGGAGGCUGCUGGGCGGCGCCGAGGAGGUGCUGAAGUUGGAAGAGGAGGGGAAACUGGAGAAGAUGCUGGCCGGAAUCCCGCGGGCGGCGGCGUGGUGCGACGGCUGCGGCGGGAUGAGGUUCGUCCUGUGCAUGGAUUGCUGCGGCAGCUGCAAGGUCUUUGAUGAGGGGGAGAAGAAGACGGUCAGGUGCGCCGAAUGCAACGAGAACGGGUUGAUCCGAUGCCCCAUCUGCGGCUAA